AUGAUGAGGAAGAAAGUUCCCGAUUGGCUUAACAGCUCUCUCUGCCCAAUUUCACAGCCGCGACCUCCGUCGCCUCCCGUCGUAGUUCAAGAUCCUCCGCCUGAGCAGAUAAUCGACGAUUCUCGAUCCGAAGAUCAACACGAUGCGGUUCCUUCUGAUUUCGAUGUCUCUCACCAGGCUCAAUUGUUGACUGAGUUGUCGAGGAAGGUGAUGGAUAUGCGAGAAUUGAGAAGGAUCGCGUGUCAAGGUGUGCCUGAUUCCGCUGGGAUACGUUCUACAUUGUGGAAGCUUUUGCUUGGAUAUCUUCCGCCGGAUCGCGGGCUUUGGUCAUCUGAAUUAGCAAAGAAGAGGUCCCAGUACAAACAGUUCAAAGACGAGAUUCUCAUGAAUCCUUCCGAAAUCACAAGGAGGAUGUACAACUCCACAAGUGGUGAUGCUGAGGAUGCCGCCAAACGUGACAGGGCCUUGCUCUCUAGAUCAGAAAUCCCUCACGAUGAGCAUCCUUUGAGUCUUGGGAAGACCAGCGUAUGGAAUCAGUUCUUCCAGGAUACAGAAAUCAUAGAUCAGAUUGACCGAGAUGUAAAGCGCACUCAUCCCGAUUUCCACUUUUUCUCCGGUGAUUCAAAAUUCGCAAAAUCUAAUCAGGAGGCUCUAAAGAACAUAUUAAUUAUUUUUGCAAAGUUAAAUCCCGGUGUAAAAUAUGUUCAAGGGAUGAAUGAGAUAUUGGCGCCUCUAUUCUAUGUGUUAAAAAAUGACCCUGAUGAAGAAAAUGCAGCUUUUGCUGAAGCUGAUGCAUUCUUUUGUUUUGUUGAGCUAUUGAGUGGGUUCCGAGAUAACUUUGUCCAACAACUAGACAAUAGUGUUGUAGGAAUUCGUUCAACUAUUACAAAAUUGUCCCAGCUUUUAAGAAAACACGACGAGGAGCUGUGGCGUCAUCUUGAGAUCACUUCCAAAGUCAAUCCCCAAUUUUAUGCAUUUAGAUGGAUCACUCUCUUGUUGACUCAGGAGUUCAAUUUUGCCGAUAGCCUUCACAUUUGGGACACUCUUUUAGGUGAUCCAGAAGGUCCACAGGAGACUCUUCUCCGGGUAUGUUGUGCAAUGCUAGUUCUCAUUCGCAAGCGCCUCCUAGCAGGGGAUUUCACUUCAAAUCUCAAGUUGCUACAAAAUUAUCCGUCGACAAACAUUAGCCAUUUGCUCUAUGUUGCUAAUAAGUUUCGUGUACAGUCAGUCUAA